CCAGCCUCCCCUGACUCCGCCGGGACCCGAGGGUCCGCGCAGGCCGACGGCCCGGGGGGCGGGGACCGGACGGGACCGCACGGGACGGGACGGGAUCGCACGGGACGGGACGGGACGCUCCCGAGGGCCAGGAGGGGAGCCGGACGGCCCCGGCCCCUCCACCAGCUCGGGCCACCGCCCCGGGACAGAAGGAGGCGGCGAGGAGCGGGUCGGCGGGGCUCCGCUCCGGGAGGGCGCGGGGGGCGCCCGGGCUGAGCCCAGCGGGGGGAUGAAGUUGGACGUCUUCGCCCUCCGCGCCAAUGGCGACGCCGAAACGGGCGGCCACCUGGAGGGGGCGGGCGGAGCAGGAGCAAGAGCAGGCGGCGGCGGCCCGUUGUCUCCGGUGUCGGGCCCCGGAGAGGACGAGCCGGGCUCGGACGGGGACUGCGCCGCCCACGGCUCGGGCGGCGGCUCCGGGGCCGCGGUCGGGGGAGACGCCGCGGCCGGGGCCGGGGGCGGGCGGACCAAGCCGUACACCCGGCGGCCGAAGCCCCCCUACUCCUACAUCGCGCUGAUCGCCAUGGCCAUCCGCGACUCGGCCGGGGGCCGCCUGACGCUGGCCGAGAUCAACGAGUACCUCAUGGCCAAGUUCCCCUUCUUCCGCGGCAGCUACACGGGCUGGCGCAACUCGGUGCGCCACAACCUGUCGCUCAACGACUGCUUCGUCAAGGUGUUGCGCGACCCCUCGCGGCCCUGGGGCAAGGACAACUACUGGAUGCUCAACCCCAACAGCGAGUACACCUUCGCCGACGGGGUCUUCCGCCGCCGCCGCAAGAGGCUGGGCCACAAGGCGGCCGUGGCGGCGGCGGCGGCCGUGGCGGCGGCGGCGGCGGCGGCGGAGGAUCCCGCGGCCCGGCCGCCCGAGGAGGAGCCGGCGGCCGCGGGGACCGGCCCCGCCCUCCUCCUCCCGCCCCCGCCGGCCUCGGCUCCCCCGCCGGCCGCCCCCUCGUCCCCCUCGCCCUGCCCGCCGCGCUGCAAGGAGGAGGGCGCGGGUCCGGGCGCGGCGGGCAAGUUCUCCAGCUCCUUCGCCAUCGACAGCAUCCUCAGCAAGCCCUUCCGCCGCCGCGGGGAGCCGAGCGCCGAGCCCCGGGGCCAUCCCCCGGCCGCGCGGCUGCUGUGGGCCGCCGGCUACCCGGCGCUCGGCCCCUACGCCGUGGCCCCGCGGCCUCAGCCCCCCGCCGCUCUCUUCGGAGGAGGAGGAGGGAGCGGCCUCCGGCUGCGGCCCCAGCGCCUACCUGCCCUACCCCGUCGAGACGCUCCUCGCUUAAGCGGGCACCGACGGCCCGACGGGGACGGAGGAGGGACGAGGACGGACGGAGCGGCGGCCACGGCCGGCCCGGGGGCAGGAAACAUCGGGGCUCCGAGUUCUGCACUUUCUACCUACGGGGAAAGAGACCCUUAA